AUGAAAUAUCCUUCUAUAAAACCACGAGGAUUCCCUACAUUGACCAUAAACCGGAGUAGCCCAAAUCUAUUCAAUGACAAGAUACCGAUUGAUCAACAAAUAGCUGAUGCACUACUAGCCAAUAACAGCAAUUUAUUGGCACUAAUAUGUCAGUCCUCAUUUGUUGGCGAUACUGCCGCUAGUGUCUCGCUGGGUGUCUUGUCGUUACUGAAACGGGGGAAGGGUCGUGCUGCCGAAGAUUUCUUGAAACGGUUGCUGACUUCACGGAUGGGCGUCUCGCUCAAGAAGAAUAGGGAUUUGAGUGAUAUUUUACGAGACAAUAGUAUGGCAACCAUUUUAUUGAAUGCAUUCGCAAGACAAGAAGGUGUAUCCUAUUUAUCGAAAUCAAUUGGAGAAGCACUAGGGGAAGUGAUAGCAUACCUAGACCAUUGCGAAAUUGAUCCACAAAGACUUAACGCUAGUGCUGCAGCAAGUGCCGCAUUAGCAGGUGGACCACAAGCAGCUGCACAAACCGACACCCCAUUAUCAACCGAGUUAUCAGAAAACGAAAACAGACUCCGUGUAGCAUGUCUACGACUCGUAUCUUCUAUAUUCGAUAAUCGGGAAUCCAUGCCUAUAUCUCUUAGAAGAAUGUGUCAUUUCCUACAUACCGCAGUUAUUGAAUGGGGUGCUACGCUACCGAGUAAUCCGGCUAGACCGUCAACGAUGAGUAUGGUAGAUCCAGUUAGUUUGAAACGCGGUAUGAGUACACCUCUACCUGAUGAUAUUCGAAUGAUGCCUACUGGUCCUCUGCCAUCAUUACCACAAUCUUCGCGAUCAACACAUAUGAUUCCCUCUCAAUCAAACUUAUCCGAUAUGAACAGUAAAACUAGUGCACGAACAUCAUCUGAACAUUCUCAACCGAUAAACACCAUAACCAACAUAACAUCGACAACAACGACAACAAACCAAAUAUCACAACCGACCACGACAUCGUCUGAACUCAUCGAUAAUGCAUCAAAUGGAAGCAAACCUUCGUCGCUUUGUGAAAGUGAUGCUAUGCGAGGCAGUAUUGUCAUCAAGAAACGAGACCCAACAUCUUCGACAAUAGUUAGUCAAGGAACACCGCCAAUAGCAGCUUCAGGAGCGCUUCGCGUCGCUGCUACGGCCAUGACACCAGCAUCAGUAGACGACCAUACGCUGCCGAGGCGACCAAGAGCCUUCACAGGUCCCGCAAAUCCAGACCAACCAAUCAUCGGGAUGCCAUUACAAGGUCGAGGUUCAGGUGACGACUCUUCAAAAACAAGCGGGUCAUCAAUACACCUGAAUAACAAGAGUCCCAUGGCAUCACACGAGCACUUCCCUCAUAUCAGUUCAGCAAUUAUUCGACCGGCAAUCAAUUUCAAUAUUUCAAUACCGAAUAGUAGUACUAGUCCUAUUAUGCUACCUGCCGGGCUCGAAAUGUCGAAUAUGAGAUCUGCUAGCUCUGUAGAUGCUUUUGCUGCCCCUCUAUCACCUAUUCUUCGGACACCAACAUUUGUUGACAAUACGCCCUUGGCUGUACGGCUGCUCGCUGAUUCGCAGUCUCGGAUUGGCAAGAGAUGGGAUUCGGAUAAUGUGUCGAUAAUUAGGACGGUGGGAUCCUUGACCGUUGCUGAAAAGGUUAUUGGAUCGUUCUUGUUUUUAAGGUUUUUCGUACCAGCAAUGACAUCACCAGACAAGUGUGGGCUUACCGACGUCAAGAUCAGUUCGGGAGGCAGAAGAGGGCUAGUGCUAUGUGGAAAACUAGUCACAGCUCUAUGCAACGACGUCGAAUUUGGAGCCAAAGAACAAUACCUCAUGCCAUUAAACUCGUGGCUCAAAGAAAACCGAGACAAGAUGAAAGAAUUUCUUGUAUUUGCUGCAUCCCCACUUCCAGACGAAGAAGCAGAAGCCGACACCGAAGCUGACCUCCCACUUGACGGCGGUGUACGAGAACGAGAACCAACCACACCAAGCUCUCCCCAAACAUCACUCGCCCGCAAAAUCCCAGCUAAAAAGAGCGCAGGAGGACUUGGCUUUUUAAUGUCUACAUCCAUGCCAUCCCUGACUCUUUUAUCAACCGACAACAAGGUAGCAGCCGACACCCGCCACUCACAACCACCAACCCCGAUCGCCGCCGUUGCACCAGUUGACUUACGAAGACGUAGCAAGUCGGCUGAUAACCUAUCACAUGAAGCUGAUAAUUUGUUUGCAUACUUGGGUCGAUCCAUCGCCAAGAUUGAACGUGAUAUUGAAGAAUUGUUGCCUGGACUGCCGUCAGAUGAAGCUGAAGGGGUUGCUAGUAAUUUGGCAGUAUUGAAGAAAUUGUUGAAAGUCAGUCAAUACUCGGAGGGCAAUUCGACAAUGAGCAAGUCUUCGCAGAAUCCAGUCUUGUCGAGGCUUAAUUGGAUACGGGAUUAUCUUCAGAAACCGAAAUCAACUUCCUUUGAGGAUCUGAGGCCAGUAGAAGGCCGGCAUUCCGAGAGCAUGCUGAGGACGUCUCAGAGGCGGAUGACUCAAAAAUGA